CUCGGAACGCUUGAUCUGGAGUGAUAAGCCAGCGAUAAGAAUUGCCGCCCCGCUAAAAUCUGGCUGGCUUUCAGAAAACUCAUGGCACCAGGAGCUUCACCUCCCCGGCACCUCAGACUGUACCCCGUACAGUAGCAACGCUCCGCCAUGCCGAGAAGAGCAGCAUCCCCGGCUCUGUCCGAAAACGAGGUCGAUAUCGCCGGGUCCCUGUUUGCAAAGGAAGCCGACAGCGGCAGCGACAGCGAUGCGGAAGUGAGCAAGAAACCUGCCGCCGCCGCCGCCGCCGACCUUGAUUUCGGCGACAUCUUGCAGACGGCCGGCGAUGGCGAUUCAGACGAUGGCGCCGGCGACGAGGCCUUCAUUGCCAUGCAGCAGCGGAGCUCAAACCGCAAGAGCUCCAACCUGCAGGGCAAAACGGUCAAAAAGGGCGGCGGCUUCCAGGCCAUGGGUCUCAACGCCAAUCUCUUGAGAGCCAUCACGCGGAAAGGCUUUUCCGUCCCCACCCCCAUCCAGCGGAAGGCGAUCCCCCUAAUCCUCGAGCGGCGCGAUGUCGUGGGAAUGGCUCGGACAGGUUCCGGCAAGACGGCCGCGUUCGUUAUCCCGAUGAUAGAGCGUCUCAAGGCCCACAGCGCAAGAGUUGGUGCCAGGGCGCUCGUUCUGUCCCCCUCGCGCGAGCUGGCCUUGCAGACUUUGAAGGUUGUCAAAGAGCUGGGCAAGGGAACGGAUCUGAAGACGGUUUUGCUAGUCGGUGGUGACAGCUUGGAGGAGCAAUUCGGCCUCAUGGCUGCCAAUCCGGAUAUCGUCAUUGCCACACCCGGUCGGUUCCUGCACCUGAAGGUCGAGAUGUCCCUGGAUCUCUCAUCCAUCAAAUACGUCGUCUUCGACGAGGCCGACCGCCUCUUCGAAAUGGGAUUCGCCGCUCAGCUCACAGAGAUAUUGCAUGCGCUGCCUCCAUCCAGACAGACGCUGCUCUUUUCAGCCACUUUGCCAUCGUCCCUGGUCGAAUUCGCCAGAGCAGGCCUGCAAGAGCCGAGCUUGGUGCGCCUAGAUGCUGAGACCAAAGUCUCGCCCGACCUUGAGAGCGCCUUUUUCUCGGUCAAGGGCGGAGAGAAGGAAGGCGCCCUGCUCCAUAUCCUUCACGAUGUCAUAAAAAUGCCGUUGGGGCCGCCGGCAGGCGCGCAGCAGGACGAAGAACGACAGUCAAAGAAGAGAAAACGCGGCUCGGACAAAACCAAUUACAAAGAGAAGCCGACUGAGCAUUCAACUAUCAUAUUCACAGCCACCAAACAUCAUGUUGAAUAUCUCGCGAACCUGCUGCGCCAUGCAGGCUUUUCUGUGUCGUACGUAUACGGCUCACUCGAUCAAACCGCCCGAAAGAUCCAAGUCGACAGUUUUAGGAAGGGGAGGACAAACAUCCUGGUGGUCACGGAUGUAGCAGCGCGCGGCAUCGAUAUCCCUGUGCUCGCCAACGUCAUCAACUACGACUUCCCCCCUCAGCCGAAAGUCUUCGUCCACCGUGUCGGCCGAACAGCGCGUGCUGGUCAGCGCGGUUGGGCUUAUGCUCUCGUUAGGGAGUCGGACCUUCCCUACCUUCUCGACCUCCAACUCUUCCUUGGGAGGAAGUUGGUGCUUGGACAGGAAGCUAAGGAGCCGUCCUUUGCCCAAGAUGUUGUGGUCGGCUCGCUAGUUAGAGCCGAGCUCGAAAACAAUACAGAGUGGGUGAACAAAGUGCUCAAUGAGAGCGAUGAUAUCCGGGCACUGAAGGGGGUUACGAUCAAGGCCGAAAAGCUGUACAUGAAGACCAGAAACUCGGCAUCGAGCCAGAGUGCCAAGCGGGCUCGAGAAAUCGUUGCAUCCAAGGGCUGGACCCAACUACAUGCUCUGUUUGGAGAGUCGGCUGCGCAAGCUGAAGAGGCCAGGGAGAGCCUGCUCUCGAAAAUCAGCGGCUUCAAGCCACAGGAGACCAUCUUUGAGAUAGGGCCCAAGGGCAAGUCCUCGCGGAACAAGGCCGCAGAGGUUAUGCGCAGUUUCCGGGCAAUGGUUGGCCCACGGAGGACAAGCAAGCGGGAGGAAGAGGACGCUGGGAUGAAGAACGCUGGGAUGACAGACGCUGCCGACCAACCACCAGCGCAAGCUAGUGGAGGGGAUCCUGAGGAGUCCGAAGAAGAUGCAGGCGGCGAGGAUGUCGACGGGGCGUGGGAGGAUGAUGAGGAUUCCGAUUCGGAGCUGGAGGUCACCGUAACAAGCAGUGGAAAGGCAACAAAGGGCCAGAGUUCCUUCCAAGACCCCGAGGUGUUCAUGUCCUACACGCCUCGCACCACCAGCGUGGCCGAAGAACGCGCAUACGGCGUCCACUCAGGUUCACAGGCAUCACACUUCGUCGAAGCCGCCCGCGACGCCGCCAUGGACCUGACGAACGAUGAGGGGGCCAAAGCCUUUGGCCUGCCCAGCCGACCCAAGAUGCGCUGGGACAAGCGUCAUAGCAAGUACGUCUCGCGCACCAACGACGAGGACGGUUCGCGCGGCGCCAAGAUGAUACGCGGCGAGUCCGGCGUCAAGAUCGCCGCCUCGUUCCAGAGCGGACGCUUCGACAAAUGGCGGCGCGCGCACAAGCUGGGCCGGUUACCGCAUGUAGGCGAGGCCGAGAAGGCCCAACUGGUCCGCAGCUUCGCGUCGUCCCAGUCCGGCGCCCAUCGGUUCAAGCACAAGCAGGAGAAGGCGCCCAAGGACGCGGACAAAUACCGCGACGACUACCACGUGCGUAAGAAGCGCGUGGCCGAGGCGCGCGAGAAGCGCAUCGGCAAGUACAAGGACGGCGAGGGCAGCCGGCGGGAGCUCAAGAGCGCAACCGACAUCCGCAAGGCGCGGCAGCUCAAGGAGAGGCGCAAAGAGAAGAAUGCGCGGCCGACCAAGAGGGCCAAGAGGUGAAUCAAAUGGGUACGCGUGGAUCUGGCAGUCGAGUAGAAUUUCCUUGCGUAGCAAAUGACACAGGCGUCGUUAGACUAUCGUGUUUUUUGCUUUGUUGUGCCGCAUUAUAUACCCCCUCCAUUACAUGAAUUUCCGGGGAUUCUUUUCGAGAACUCGCAUCAUAACGCAGCCAAACGACGACAUAUGCAGCUACAGUGACUGGUAGGCAUCGGUGCUUCGUAGUUCUUCUCAGCUCUGGCCCACAGCCGCCAUUGGCAUAUCAGAUGUCACUGGAUGAGUGCAAAACAGAUAUUAUAUGCAUCCGCCAUGGAGAGAUAGUGUUAGAUAUAUAAGAAAGCCUCUCUGCCUGGG